UUUCUGACAUGCUGCCCAAACUUGAGAUUUCUGGGCUUCAUUCCUCUCCUGAAUGAGCAAACAAAACCCAUUUAAUCACGCCAAAGUCUAUUGACAUAGAGCUGGUAAACUUAGGGAAGGAAUAAUAGGUCGGGAUGUGAUGCUACCUUGAGUUUAGCAAUGAGCGUCAUGCGGAAGGAGAGGGACCAGCAAAGGGAAGGAUGUUGACAGAACACUAGAAACCUUCCCCAUUCAUGAUUCUCCCUGGGCUGCUCGCUCUUUUUUCCCUGAGAGCAUCCUUGCAUAAUGGUUUCCCUCCCUGAGAGCUGUCCCCUUAUCUUUUCUCUUGUGGUAGUUUCUUCUAGAAGUCUCUUCUAGAACAACUCACAGUUACCGCCUUGAUCCUUAAAUAUUAUGUCCAUUUUUACUAUCUUCUUCCUAGUACCCACCACCAGCCCUUAGAAUCCGCUUAGACCCCAUCCCCAGCACACGACCCUUUUACACCAAGCCCUUUUUCUCCCUUGCAUCUGAUGUUUCUCUCUUCUCAGCCUUCCUCUACUAAGGGGGUGGGCUUCUUGCCUCUUGUCCUGAGAUGGGCUUUCAUGUCGUUUCGGGGACCCAUGCUGUUUGAGAAUCUGGCUGUGGAUUCGUCACAAGAGGAGUGUGUGAGUCUGUACCCUGCCCGGUCCUUCAGCAGAGACCUCACACACGAGUGUUUUGAGGAUAUGGCCUUGAUGGAUAAGGAGGGGAAAUGAGGACCGAGCUUACUCAGCAGUUAAAUCUAGACUCUGGCGUUUGAAGAGCUUGCCCUAGAAAAGUACUUCAUUGCCGUGCCCCUUGUUUGCUGCCCAGAAGCCUCCUCUGAGAAUGGGGCUGGAAACCCUGAGAGGAAAGUAUUAGAUGUGACUCCCUGGCAGGAAAAGCUUCAUAAGCCUUUAGUUACCAUAGAAAAUGAGGCCCCAUUCAUACAACUGUCACGCAGUUUAGGAGCCACAGCACUUUGUGAAAUUCUUGAGUUUCCUGGGGAAGAAGCCAUAAAUUCAUACAAGUGUCCUGACUGUGACCAAAGCUUCAGUGAUAAUUCACACCUUGUUUUGCACCAGAAAACGCAUUCAGGUGACAAUAAGUAUAAAUGUAGUGACUGGAAGAUUUUUAAUCACAGCGCCAACCUGAGGACACACAGGAGAAUCCGUCCUGGCGAGAAGCCUGCUAAGUGCGGGUGCAGCAGCAGCAGCCUCUGCCAGCCCUCCCGCCUGUCUCGGCACGUGAAUGUCCACGUAAAGGAGAACCCGCCAUGUGGCAUAUGUGGGACAGGUUUUAUGUGGCUCCCAGGAUUGGCACAGCAUCAGAAAACCCACACUGCCAAAAAAGCCCACGAAUGUACUCACUGUUAAAUAUUUUAGUCAGAAAACAAAUCUUGUUUUGCGUGAGAAAACACACCAGCUACCUAGUACUAUAACAGUCAGUGUGUGAAAUGUCCCAGGCAACCCUCACGCCUCGCCCUCCCCAAGAAGGGCCACGAGAAUGACUCUGAAUGCUGCAGCAACUGUGGGAAAAGCUGCUUGUUCUCAAAAUUCAAACCCUUAAAAUGUCCUAAGUGAGCCAUGAUUUGUAUCUCUGAACUUAUUUCCCAUCAGAGCAUUCAUAGAAGGGAGAAGCCCCAUAAGUGCAAAGCGCGUGCAAAAAGUUUUAUUUUGGACUCACAGCUUGCAUGUCACCAGAAGAGCCGCGCAGGGGAGGAACCACGUGAACGUACUGUGUGUGGGAAAAGUUUCCAGCUGAAUAUACAUCUUGUUAAUCAUUAGUGAACCCAUAUGAAAAAUGCCAUGUAAAUAUAGCAAGUUUUCAUUAAUGCUUCUGCUUUUCAUUAUCUGUACUGAAAAUUGGGUAACAAUUACCAUUUAUAUUACCAGGCACUUUACAUACAUUCUAUGCAGUAUACCACUUAAUUUUCAUCCCAAUCUUUAUUUAGGUGGUAUGAUUUCUAUUUUAUAAUGGAUGAAGCAUAGUCAAUGGCACAGCUAGUGAAUGAAGCCAGGAUUCUAACACAGUAACUCAAUUACUGUUGAAAAUCCAUUUGUAUGUGCCAAUGGUACAGACCUUCUUAAAAGUUCAGUUUUGGUUAAAAUGAAGGUUAUUGCUAGAGUUCUUUUAAUUUUGUUUACAUGGUUUCUCAGUUUAGAAGGAGGAGAAUUUAUUUAUUGCCAGUUCUGCAGGUAUAGUAUCUAGGACAGUAAAUACUUUUACAUGUGUUUUACACUUUGUUUUUUGCUAUACUUAACUUAUCUGAAUGUAAUAUUGGUAUGAGAUUAUUUUACACGUGAGUUUCUGGAGCGGUUUAUAAACUUUUUUUCAGUGUGUGAAAAGUUCUCAAAUGGGUGGACUAGUUGGUGUCAUGAUGGUUAUUAGUUAUUAGUAUCUGUGGAGCCCAUUCUCAGUUCUGAUGCCACGGCCUUUGUGAUUCAGGUGUUUGCAAGGAUUUUGGCAAUCUGACUAUAGCUCUUUCUUGUGCCUGGACUUGUUUAAGGGAAAGAUACUUGCUCCUCUUUGAGAGGAUUUACUUCCAAUUCCCCACCGAAGGACUGCCUUGCUAUGAAUUAUAGUAACUAUUUAGUGAGCAUGCUAGAUACUUUAGACAUAUUACCUAAUUUAAUCUUCAGAAUAAAUCUGUGACAGAGAAAGAACUAUACUCAUAUCUUAAAUGAGAAACUGAAUCCCAGAGAGAAUAACGUCAGUACCUUGCGCAAAACACGAAAAUAGCAGUGCACUGAAGGUUGUGUCUGAGCUUAGGUCUCUGAUGCCAAAGGCUGUGCAUUCUUCACCACUGCGUUAUGUGUUGGCAUUCAAACUAUGUGUUAGGACUGCAAGCAGCCAGGGAGACUGAAAGGUGGGUGAGGAUGGUCCUCGUGGAGGCUACCUUGUGGAAGUACAUCCUAGAGCCCCUUUGCCCUCUCUGCUUUACCCCAAGCCUAACUUACGUGUAUGGUUAUGAAAAGCCACAGAAAGACUCCUAGAACUUCAAGAUCAAACUCCUAUCCUUCUGACCAGUCCAGAGAUGACAAGCUCAACAAAGUACUGUCUUUACAGUUUUAGUUGGGUUUUGGUUAAAAAUGUUUUUUCCUCCUCAUUUCCAAGGAAAAGUGCAUAUAGAAAAUUGUUAUAGAGCUUAACCAAAAUACUUGACAAUAUAUAGGUCUUUAGAUACUGCUGUUACAUGUACAUAUUGGAGCAAAAUAUUGUUCAGUGGAAUGGUUAUUAAUGUUAAAAAGAACUAAGGAAUCUUGUAAAUAUAUUCAUAUAGAAUUCCUCUUUAAAGCAAAAUCAAUUGUGUACUUAGCAGAAUGUGUUUAAAAUGGGCUUUUGAGAAUGGCCUUACUCUGUUUACAUAAUAUAAAAGUACAGCACUUAGUAAAGUUGACUUAUCACUGGGAAACUUCAUAAGCUAGAAUAGGGCUGUUUAGGAAUAAUUGGAUGAAAAGUAGUACCUGGAAGAUGUGGUCUUUUUACAGAACAGCAGACCAAACACAAUGUACAGAAAGAUACUGGCCUGUGCUCUAAGCUCUUAACACUAGAAGCGAGAAGAUGCUGUCCAUGAGAAAAAUGGAAACCAGCAGUCCUAAUGCAGCUUGCCCACUCCUUUCCCCCUUUUGGCGUUUCUUGUUCCUUAUUUGCAGACUCACAGUUGAGACCCUGUGCUCUGUAUGUCAACAUCACAGUUGGCUCUUUGUUUCUGAUGUCUCACUCUUAGGGCACAGGACAGCAGUCUGCUGGGGCCUCAGGAUCUUAAAUAGAAGUGAAGUGUUCUGUAGGUUUUUCUUUAGUAAGUCUCUGUCAGAGGUGCUUAGAAUUGUGUUGGAAGAUGCUUUCCAGUUUUCUUAUCAGCCACCUCUGGGAUACAAAGAUCUUUGCUAAAUGUCAAAAGCUCUCCUGCUUCUGUCUCGCUGGGAGGAGCUGGCAUGGUGCCCCAUCAGCACAUAUUAGGGGCUUUUAUUUUUCAGGUGACUGAAGAGUUGCAGGAUGGGAGUGAAACUGGGAAAGAGGCCCUGCCAGCAGUGUUGCUGCAGGAAGAAGUGGGGAAGGCUACCUUAGUAGGCACUUGGAUGGAACGGGGCUAACAUAAAGGAUGGAAACUGGUGUCCUUUCCUGUGCUCCUGAGAAAGUGUAGGGGGAGGUGAGAAUUUAUGCCAUAAAUGCUGUUCCACACCUAGCUGUGGAAAGUCCCCUUUCCAGAUGAGGCUUCCUUCACAAUUCAGGUCUUACAUUUUUCUUUAUUUUCUAGAUUUUAGAGGACAAUGCCAAGCCUCCAUAAAGUAUUUUAAGGAAUGGCACUUUCAUAAAAAUGUACAUGCAUAUAAUGUGUACUUGCCUUUUUGAUGUAAUACUAUCAAUGACUGGUAUACAGAAAAAAUUUAAAAAUUAAACACAAACCCUAAGAGUCAAUUACUAUGAAAUAGGCAUAUUUUCUGUUGUUGCCUUUCUGUACACUUGCACCUAAUACAUUGGCUGGACAUAAUUCAGGCUGCUCUGAGCCCAAGGAGUUGAAAGAAGAGUGUCUGCCAGUCUGCCAGUGAGGUCCAGGCUGUUUUACAAUGGCUUUUCCACCCUUCUAUUUACAGUGUCAACUGAUGGAGACAGAGUCCACAAAUUGUCAUUAACUCACAGAUACUGCUAGCAUACCAUGUCAGUAUUAACAAAUACUGGAUAAAAGUUAAUAUAGGGAUGAAAAACAAAAUGCAGGGAAUUUAUUGUUAGGAAUGGUUGGUUCACUACCUUUUGCAGCAUGGAUGUUGACCCACUAUGAAGCAUGAAAAGUGUACUGAAGAAAUCGACUAGAACUUCUUGUUUUUUGUUGUUGAUGCAGUGAUGAAAAUAUGUAUCAACUAAGUCCUUAAUGUGAUUGCUGGAAGGUCGAUCAUUGAUAAAUAGAGCAUUAUUCCAAUAGAGCUCAGAUGUCAACAGUUUACAUUUUAUAAUCAAAGAAAUUGUGGAAAUUAGUACAAUUCAAAGGAGUUGUACUCAAAAGUAGUUUGGUUUAGAGCUUCGUUGCAAUAGAGAGUCUAUUCCCAUCUCCCAUUUAACACAGAAAAUAUGUAACCCAGUAAUUCAGGGAGUUAAAUAAUGACAUUUCACAAUAAAUGCCAUUUUGAGUCUUUGACUCCUGAGAUUCCAUAUAACUAAGUGGUAUUGUUCUGAUGACUACAGCAUGUCAUACAGUCUGAUACCACAGAUUUUGCCCAAAGUAAUCUGCCAAUUUACUGCACUUGUGUACAAAGCAGGUUAUGGUUUAUCUCACUGUUUAUUAAACUUAUUAUCCCUAUAGGAUUUCAAUAGUGAAGUUUUUGCUUAGACCAUUGUUUAAAAGUAACUAAAUGAUGUUCAUUAGAAGUAUGACUGUUCAUCUGUUUUAGUUGUGUAGAUCGAGAGAGCUAUUGAUACCAAGAUGACCAUUAUCCGUCUUGGCCCAUCUUGACUACAGGUGUUUUGUCUUUUAUUCUUUGACAAUCCUCCUUGCAUUAACAGUCUGAGGAGAUGACAUAAAUACACAUUUAUAUAAACCUUAGAGUAUGCUGCAAUCUCUAGUUCCUCUGGAUACCUCACUAGUAUGUUUAUUGUGUGUGUCCUUUGUAGUCUGUUGAAUGCUUUGAUUUUACUAUUCUUGGUGUGUUCUCAUUCUUAGCUCUAGAUUGCAAGUAGGCAGUGAACGUCUAUCUG